UGCAGCCCUAAAUAAAUAAAUAAAUAAAUAACAUUUUGAGUGUGGCCACAGGCUCAGCUUCAUUCUCUGGCUUUUCUACUAUUAUUGUUAUUACUAUUAGCCUCACCCCUUGGCAAGUGGAAGUUCCUGGGCCAUGGAACUUAGCCACAGCAGCAACCCAUGCAACUGCAGUGACAACGCCGGAUCUUUAACCCACUGGGCCACAAGCAAACUCCCCAGAUUCUUGAAAUAAUGGAAGAUAGCUCAGAUAUGGAGAAAUAUAUAUUGUUUGAAGAAACAUUUUGCUCACUAGGUUUAAACAGAAUCACUGCCUAUACAACUAGAAAAGCUGAUCAUUUGAGACCCAAAAUCACAGUUUCAAACAUUCAACCAAUUGUGUAUCUCCUGUCAUUAUUUCUCCAUCAUCCCCACCAUGGCUCUCUCUGAAGUCUUUUCUUUCUUGUCCUGGAACAAUAUGCCGAAUUUCAUUAAACCUAAUCCAGAACUUCAGUCAACGUGUAUUUGAAAAGCGACGAUAUAGCAAAUAGCUAUGAGUGUCCCUUUGGACGAGCAGACUUGGGGAGAACUUGCUGUGUUUCGGAGUCUGAAAUAAAAGGUCCCUAAAUUUUCUGUGAGUAUUCCCAGAGAGCUCUCCAGAAAUCUGGGAGCGUUCCCUUUAAGAGCAAGGGACGCACCCGCCUCGUGUUUGGAGCCAGGGAACUCCACUUCCCAGAGCCUCUUUUGGAGCCUCUAAGCCUCUACCACACACAAAGGAAGUGAGUAGGGGCUGUGAAAUUUACAGGUGUGGCAGAAGCGGAACUACAUUACCCAGAGGUCGCUGCGUGCGAGGAUGCCCCAUUCGACCCAAUGAAAACGUAGGGGAGGGACGCACACGUGCGUACGUAUUGCGUGGGGAGGGACUUCCGGCGCUUCCUCUUGCAGUGUUUGAAUAACUUCGAGUUGUUCGCGGAUUAAUGGGCAGAGCGUCUUUUGGGGGACACCGAGGUGACGGAGCGGAAAAGCCGGAGAAGAGGCGUGGUUCCCGCUGCCCAGAAGCGGAUGCGAGGCCCUCUGAACCCGUAGUUGACGGCGGUGCCCUCGUUCCCGUCCCGCUCACCACCUCCCCAGUCCCCGCUCUUCCCACGGCAGGUGGCAAAGGCAGCGCCGAUGAGCCCGGCUCAGGGCCCCAUGGCAGCGGCAGAAAUGCUUACGGACCCCGAACAGGGCCGUGUGGUCUUUGAGGACGUGGCCAUAUCUUUCUCCCAGGAGGAGUGGGGGCUCCUGGAUGAGGCUCAGAGACGCUUGUACCAUGCCGUGAUGACGGAGAUCUUGGCACUUUUGACCUCACCAGGUUGUUGGCAUGGAGCCCAGGAUGAGGAGGCACGAUCUGAGCAAGCUCUUUCUGUGGCAGUGUCACCAGCCAGGACUCCAGAGCCAGAUCCAUCCACGAGGACGGCCCGGCCAUGUGAGAUGUGUGACCCACUCUGCAAAUGCCUUGUGCGCCUGCCCAAGCAGGAUGGAAUGUACCCUGAUCGAGGGCCACACGUUGGUGUGACAAACCUUUUCCAGCAGGAAAAGCAUCAGGUUAGAGAUAAACUUUCCAGAAGGGAUGAGGGGCAGCCUUCCUGUCUGACAAAGAGCAGCAUUCACAUAGCAGAUGGGACCUCGACAUGCACAGGAGAUGGGAAGGACCUCCCAGGCAUCACAGGCCUCCUGCAGCAGCCGGGCCCUCACAGUGUGGGGAAGCCACACAGGGACACUGCGUGUGGGGACGCCUUUGGUGGUGGACAGCGUGACUACAGGUGCACUCAGUGUGGGAAAGCCUUCAGCCGAGAAAAGAUACUUGUUGAGCACCAGAAAAUCCACACUGGUGUAAGGCCUUAUGAGUGCAGCAGCUGUGGGCUGGCCUUUGUUCGAAAGUUUCACCUUGUUCAGCACCAGAGAAUCCACACUGGAGAAAUGCCUUUUCAGUGCAGUGAAUGCGGGAAAUGCUUUAGGUACAACUCCACACUCAUUAGUCAUCAGAGAGUUCACCGUGGUGGAGUAAGGUCUUAUGAGUGCAGCAAAUGUGGGGAAUUCUUCAAAUACAAUGCCAAUUUUAUGAAACAUCAGCGAAUUCACAAUGGAGAAAGGCCUUAUGAGUGCAGAGAAUGUGGAAAGUUUUUCAGGUACAACUAUCGAUUGGUAAGACAUGGCCGAGUUCAUACUGGAGAAAGGCCCUACGAGUGCAGUGAAUGUGGGAAAUUUUUCAGGUACAGUUCCACAUUCAUUAGACAUCAGAGAGUUCACACUGCAGAAAGGCCAUAUAAGUGUAACGAAUGUGGGAAAACAUUUAGGUACAACUCCACACUCAUUAAGCACCAGAGAGUUCACACUGGAGAAAGGCCUUAUGAGUGCAGUGAAUGUGGGAAAUUCUUUCGGUACACCUCUACCCUCAUUAGACAUCAAAGAAUUCAUACUGUAGAGAGGCCCUAUGAGUGCAGCUUGUGUGGGGAAUUCUUCAGGUGCAAGUCCAAGCUUAUUAAACAUUGGCAGAUUCACACUGGAGAAAGGCCUUAUGAGUGCAGUGAAUGUGGCAAAGCCUUUAGGUACCACUGCAGACUCAUUAGACAUAAGAGAGUUCACAGUGGAGAAAGGCCUUAUGAGUGCAGUGAAUGUGGGAAGUUCUUUCGGUACAGCUCCAACCUCAUUAAGCACUGGAGAAAUCACACUGGAGAGAGGCCGUAUGAGUGCAGCGAAUGUGGGAAAGCCUUUAGCCACAGGCACAUACUUGUGGAGCAUCAGAAAAUCCAUACUGGAGAAAGGCCUUAUGAGUGCAGCAAAUGUCAGAAAGCCUUCAUUAGAAAGUCUCACCUCGUUCAUCACCAGAAGAUCCACAGUGAAGAAGAUGCGAGUGCUGUGAUUAUGGGGAACUCUUUGGAUGCUACUUCAGCCUCAUUAAGCAGAGAAUUCACAGCAGUAAAGGCCUUAUGAAAGGAUCUGUUGUACAGCAUAGGGAACUAUAUGCAAUAUCUUGUAAUAAUCUAUAAUGGAAAAGAAUCUGAAAAAUAAUUAUAUGUGUGUGUGUGUAUAUAUAUAUAUGUAACUGAAUCAAUUUGCUAUACAUCUGUAACUCUGUAAAUCAACUGUACUUGAAUUACAAAAAAUAAAAGGCCUUAUGAAUACAGAGGUCCCGGUACAUCAGGUGCUACUCCAAACUCCUUAAACCAGAGAAGCACCUGAUGAGCUGAUGUCGAAGUGGGCCUUAGGAGUCAGAAAAUAUGGGAACUUGUUUGGUACAGCUCCACUCAUUGGACCAAGAGCUCACACUGGAGGAAGGCCUUCUGAGAACAGUGAAUAUAAGUCUUUAGGUGAAACUCCAACUCCAUCAGAGAUUUCGCAGUGGAGAUAGGCCUCACUGCAGCGAUCAUGGGCAUAUGUUUAGCCGUAACUCCCAGUUCAUUCAAGCGCCAAAAAGUUCACACUUGAAGGAGUAUCAAAGAUAGGGAAGGACUUCAGAAAAAUAUCUGCUCUAAUCUUUCCCUAAGAACUACUUUAAUAUAGUAUGUAUAUAUUUUAUUGUAGUAAGAUAUACAUAACAAAAUUUACCCUUUACCAUUAUAAUUGCAUGAUUUAGUGUCUUUAAAAACUCAUAGGGGUAUGGGGAAGAGUUCCCAUCGUGGCUCGGUUGUUAACGAAUCUGACUAGGAACCAUGAGGUUGUGGGUUUGAUCCCUGGCCUUGCUCAGUGGGUUGAGGAUCCGGCAUUGCCAUGAGCUCUGGUGUAGGUUGCAGAUCUGGCUCAGAUCCUGUGUCGCUGUGGCUCUGGCGUAGGCCAGAGGCUACAGCUCCAAUUGGACCCCUAGCCUGGGAACCUCUGUAUGCCACAGGUGUGGCCCUGGAAAAGACAAAAAACAAAAACAAAACUCAUUGAAGGAGUUCCCUUCAUGGCUUGGUGGUUAACAAACCUGACUAGGAUCCAUGAGGAUGCAGGUUCGAUCCCUGGCCUCGGUCUUUGGGUUAAGGGUCCGGUGUUGCCGUGAGCUGUGGUGUAGGUCACAGACAUGGCUUGGAUCCCGUGUGGCUGUGGUCUAGGCCAGUGGCUAUAGCUCCGAUUCAACCCCCAGCCUGGGAACUUAUAUAUGCCUCAGUUGUGACCCUAAAACAAAAAAGAAAGAAAAACAAAACACCAAACUCAUUGUGUUCUCUUGUGUUGCAGCAAGUUAAGAAUCCAGUAUUGUCACUGCAGUGGCUUUGGUCUCUGCUGUGGUGUCCCUUGCCCGGGAACUUCCAUAUGUCCCAGUGUGGCCAAAAAAUAAGAAUUCGCAUAUUGUGCAACUAAUUUUCAGAAUUCUUUUCAUCAAUAACUUUUUGGAGUUCCUGUCGUGGCACAGCGGAAGUGCAUCCAACUAGGAACCAUGAGGUAGCGGAUUUGAUCCCUGGCCUCGCUUAGUGGAUUAAGGAUCUGGCAUUGCCGUGAGCUGUGGUAUAGGUCCCAGACUCAGCUUGAAUCCUACAUUGCUCUGGCUGUGGCGUAGGCUGGCAACUGUAGCUCUGAUUUGACCCCUAGCCUGGGAACUUCCACAUGCCACGGGUGUGGUCCUAAAAAGCAAAGCAAAACAAAACAAAAAGAAACAACUAACUUUUCCUACUCCCUACCUAUUCAACUUGGCAACCUCUUUCUCAUACUUAGUCUAUGAAUUUGACUACUCUGGAUACUUUCUAUACGUAUAAUCAAUCGUUUUUCAUUUCUUUGCCACUCGUUUAUUUAGCUUAGUGUAAUUUUCCCAUAAUAAGUUUUUCUCGUCAUUUUCUCAUCUUUUGAGAAGGAAUCAGAAUUGACCUGCCUAAGACAUGGAGAUGGGUGCUGAUGAUCAUAAGUUUGACUGAUAGGGUAUAUAGAGAAACAGGAGAUCCAGAUUUUAUAUAGAAUACUUAAUAACAGCUUUACCGACAUACACUAAACUUCAUUUAUUAAAAGUGCAAAAUGUUGGAAUCUAAAAUGUGACAAAUGAAUUCAUCUACGAAACAGACUCACAGACAUAGAGAACAGACUUGGGGUUGCCAGAGGCAAUGGGGGUGAAGGAAAGAAGUAUUGAGAGUUUGUGAUUAGCAGAUGAAAACUAUUAAACAUCGGAUGGAUAAAAAAUGUCCUACUAUAUAGCACAGGGAAAUAUAGUCAAUAUCCUGUGAUAAAGUGUAAUGGAAGAGAAUAUAUUCACUUUGCUAUAGAAUAGAAAUUAACACAAUAUUGUGAAUCAACUGCAAUAAAAAAUUUUAAAGU